AAAUAACAACAUAUACACUGCGCAUGUGCCAUAUCAAGCGUAUUUGUUUGUAGCCUCUACUAUUUGCCUUGCUGCUCUUUCGAACAACCAUUGGACUUGCCUCGAUUAUUAGUAUUUCGAAAAUCUGCCUUUCACGCCAACAAAGAACACUUUGAAUGCAGUUUCAAGUCGUGCGCCAAGACAUUCGGAGUUAAUUCACUGUCAAUUCGCUAAUAUCUGAAAGUGGCCAAUAAAUAAGUAAAUAAGCAAUUGUUUUGGCACACACAAAGUGAAAGCAGUGAACAGUAUGUGCAAAUAAUUGACAGGUCACAAAUAACAUAUUGUUAACUGCAUUGUUGUUGUUGUGGCACAAAGCGGAAAACGGAAAUUAUUAGCGUAGCUGGCAAAGCUGCUGUCAAAUUGUAUACAGGCUUUCCAGUUGGAACUGCCAUAAAAGCAAGCGCUUAAAAAUAACUACAAUACAACAUUUUGCUUUAGAAAAAGUGGACGUCCGUAAAUAAUUUCGAAUUUGUUGCAAGUUUAUUGUGGUGGAAAGUGGUGGUGUGGGUCAGCUACAAAGCCCAGCGCAAAGGUGUUUUGGGGUGGAAAGGCCAGUCGGUUGGGGAAAAUGUGAAGUGUGACGUUGUGCAAAGCAGCGUCAGCAUUAGCAGCAGCAACGUCUGCCAGUUGUUUAAAGAAUUGAUUUUUAUUGCAUGUAUUUUGCUUUAUUCAGACCGGUGUGAAUAACAGUAAAUAGCAGGCGUAUAUUAAUAUUAAUUAUUGUGUCGGCGUGUGUAUGAAAAGAAAUUUUCGGAAAUAUUUCUAUUGUGUUACUAGCGUGUGGCUACGUCUGCGAGCAGCAAAAGUGGCAACGUGUGUGACGACGACGCGCUACAAACAAGUAUGACACUGCAAAUUGGAUGCGAAAACGCUGCACGUGGAAGCACAAUAGAAGCGACAUCCUGCCACUUGUAUAACGGGUUUUACGAAUUCGGGAAAAAGUUACGGUAACCAAUGAACAAAAGUGGAGCGAAACUUUAACAAAUUGCUAGAAAAGUGCAGUGAACGUGUAAAGCAUGAAAAUAACACAAUAAGUGUGUGGGAAAAGAGAGUUCAAAAGAAGCGUGUUGCAUGCAAUCUGUUGAGAUUAGAGCGACGGCAAUGAACACGCAUGCGAUGUGCUAGAAUAUGAAUUUGGAUUACGGUUAAGCAUUUGGAAGCUAUUAAAACUAUUGUACAUAUAUACGAACGGUCAAGCGUAAACGCACUGCUAGACGAAGAUACUUGAAAACAAAUAUUACCAGGAGACCAAGUGGGAUUAAAGCUUAAAGUAUAACAGGGUUCUCUUCUGUGAAGGUAAAUAAGUGCACAUUUCGCCCCAAAAAACUGUGCACUUUAACUUGCGUACUAAGACCCGCCAUUCGAUUGUACACUUCUCCCCUCGUGGUCGGUUAAACGCGCGCCUCAAAGUGCAUUUAUUUCAGAAUACCAUGUCCUCGAUAUCGGCGCAGGGAGUGGUCGAACGUGCGUCCGCUGAACUCUCAAAGCGCAUUAACGGCCUCGGGCUGCGUUCGAAGCAUCAUCAUGGCAGCGGCUCCAAUUCGUCUUCGUCCUCCUCAACACAAUCCGCUACUUCGUCGGGUGGCAGUAGCGGCAAGACCUCAGUAAUGGAACGCGUCACAAAUGCACUAUGUGGCGGUGGUAAUAGCAACAACAACAGUAACAAUAUCAACAACAGCAGUUCGAAUAACAGUACAAACAGCAAUCCAGCUGUCACACCCGACAAACCAACACGAGGUGGCAGUGGCAGCAAUAGUGGUACACAUACACCCACAGGCGGUUUGUCGACCCCCGCUAGUCCCACGCUACCACAUAGCAUUCUUAUCGGUUCUGGCAAUAAUAUGCAGUUACUCCAGCAACAACAGCAGACGGCGCCACAAGCUCAGCAACAGCCGUCACAUCCGCAUCAACAUUCACAGCCACCAGCGCCAACACCGCCAACACCGUCGCAACAUCCAUUACAGUCACAGAUUGCCAGCUCGACGCUGGUGAAUUCCAAUUCCAAUGUAUUGGGCGGCACACCGCCGGUGCUGAGUCAUCCUCUGGGUGCACCGCCUGCGCCCACAGUCAACUCGAUUGCCAAGCAAAUGAAUAUCACUAUACCCGGUCAGCCGCAAUUUAACACUAUGGGUUUGGUGGCAGCACAAAAAUCGGUAGCCAAUCAAUCGGUGAGCGGCGGUACACCGUUGCAGUUGCGCAAGCAACUACCCAAUCCACAUCUACAUCAUCCGUAUGCGAGUGGUGGUGUCGGUGGGGGUGUUGCGGGUGUCUUGCCGUCGGGUGCGGCGGGCGGCGCUUCAAACGUUUCACAACUGGCUGCCGCCGUGACACAGUCUGCGUUGAUAUUACACAAAUACCCGCCUCCGAUUACUAGCAUUGAGGCUUUGUUGCUUGACGAUCGUUUUUUAAAUCGUUUUUUACUUUACUUUUCCUCGUACGAACGUCGCACGUUGGCGCAGGUGUGCAUGAAAUGGCGCGACAUACUCUAUCGCAGUCCGCGUUAUUGGUCGGGUCUUUUGCCGACAUUGCAGUGUCGCGAAUUGCGUCAAAUACCUAGCUGUGAUCGUGUGAAGCUGUAUAAUUCGUUAAUACGUCGUGGCUUUCAUGCGCUCGCGUUGGUCGGAGCUUCGGAUGAGGAUGCGCUUGAUGUGGUACACUCAUUCCCGUUGGCAUCCAAACAUAUACAUUCGUUGAGUUUACGCUGUUCAUCGAUUAGCGAUCGUGGGCUGGAGGCGUUGCUAGAUCAUCUGCAGAGUCUUUUCGAACUCGAGCUCGCCGGUUGUAAUGAAGUUACCGAGGCUGGUCUGUGGGCCUGUCUAACCCCGCGUAUUGUCUCACUCUCACUAGCGGAUUGUAUUAACAUCGCUGACGAAGCGGUGGGUGCGGUGGCGCAGCUAUUACCCUCGCUAUAUGAAUUUUCACUACAGGCUUAUCAUGUCACCGACGCAGCUUUGGGCUAUUUCUCGCCGAAACAAAGUCAUAGCCUGAGCAUACUACGCCUACAAUCAUGUUGGGAAUUAACCAAUCAUGGCAUCGUUAAUAUUGUGCACUCUUUGCCCCACUUAACGGUAUUAAGUUUAUCCGGUUGCAGUAAACUCACCGAUGACGGCGUCGAAUUGAUUGCCGAGAAUCUGCAGAAGUUACGUGCCCUCGAUUUGUCUUGGUGUCCGCGCAUAACGGACGCAUCGCUGGAGUAUAUUGCCUGUGAUCUGAAUCAGCUGGAGGAGCUGACGUUGGAUAGAUGCGUACACAUUACCGACAUCGGUGUCGGUUACAUCUCGACCAUGCUCUCACUAACCGCACUCUUUCUACGCUGGUGUUCACAAGUGCGUGACUUCGGACUACAACACUUAUGCUCCAUGCGUAAUCUACAAGUACUUUCGCUAGCCGGCUGUCCACUGCUCACCUCCUCCGGCCUAUCCAGUCUAAUACAACUACGUCAUUUGCAAGAACUCGAGUUGACCAAUUGUCCGGGAGCCUCACAUGAGCUGUUCGAUUAUUUGAAAGAGCAUUUGCCACGUUGCUUAAUAAUUGAAUAAUACGUUUACAUAACUGCAGCGUUAAUUGCAUUUGCCAUGUGCAAGAAGCCGCAGGCGUGGAGCAAUUUAUGGGGUGCAGUUGGACAUACAGAUGCAACUCUCUCACAGCUAAUAAUGCAUGUGGCUAUGGCUCGGAGCGGAGCGGCAACCGGGAGGUGAUUCUGAAGUUAGAAUUCGUGUAAAUAUAAAUUUUGUGUUGAUAAAAAACUAAACUGAAAAAUGUGUGAAACAAGUGUAUACAUACUUACUAUACACACUGUUGAUAGAUAAAUGUUGAAAAAAUAUCACCAAAAGUGUACACGGAAAUGGUUAUUUUUUGUUUGAAAAAUAUGUUUGUAAAGUUUUUUUAGUUAUUUAUUUAUAUUUUUGAAUUUUUACUAAAGUUCCAAAUUUUUUUUUCUAAAAAUAAAAAUUUACUAAAACAAAAAAAAAUAAAAACAACUAUGCAAACAUAUUCUUCAAACCUUUAAUAACAGUAAAUAUAUGGGUACACAAUUGUUCUUGCGUAAUUUUCCUAAAACUUAGUUUACAAAUUUCAUACAAAAAUUACAAAAACAAUAUUGUUGAAAUAUAGUAAACUGAGCAAUUUAAAAUAAUCUAAUCUAGUAUAUUUAUAUUAUUGAUAAACAAUGCAAAUGUUCCUCAAACUAAAAAAAAAAAACAAUUUUAAGAAUAAUAUUAUAUUUAAAAUUUCUUUAAACCAAAGCCAUGAAGGUUUCUAGAGCAAAAAUUUUAAACAACUUAGAACACUGUUGCCAUAAUUUAUUAUAAAAGUGUUAAGUAGUAUAUAUGAGUACGCAAUUAUUAACCGGUUAUACAAAAAAUUUAAUGAAAAUUUCAUAUUUCAUUAGUCUUUUUUUAAUAACUCGUGGCAAGAUUUUGAAUUUUUACUUAUUAUUUUUUGUCUUUGUUUUAUCACUUAACAUCUUCUAAAAUGUUAAAAUCUGUCGAAAAGAAAUUUCAAAAAAUAUCAAUUUUUACAUGUAGUUGUUUAUUAAUUGUAUUUUGUAUAUGUACAUAUGUAUAUAUUUUUUUUUUUUUGAGGUUACAUAUGUGUUUGUAACAUUUCAGGUUAUAUGUUUAAUUAGCAAAAAUUUAAAUUCAAAUCUACUUUCUACAGCUCAAGUGAUUUUGUAAGGUCAUUAGUAAAAUAAAAAAUUUUCGAAUGAGCUCUAGUGGACCUUUCAAAAAUGUUAAAAGCUA